AUGUCAUCACAUGUUACUGAUGUUGAAGGUGAUUGGAAAAUUGUUGAUUAUCCCCAACAUUCUGAAUGUCUUAAUCGUAAAAUUGAAAUAAAGGGUUGUGGCCUAGAUCCAAAUGUGUUUAAGCUUGAUGUGCAACUAGUGAAUCAUCUAAGUUGUAUUUUGAAGCAUAAUUCUACAAAUAAUCAAUGGAAAAUUUCUGGUUUUUCUUCAACAGAAAUAAGUGGUUCACCAAAAGAAAGAGAGAAAGAAGAAGUAUUCAGAAAAUUAAUCUCUCAUUUACAAAAGUUAGAAGUCCAACAUGAAGAACAAUUAAUUAUUAAAACGAAUGAUGGUGAACAAGUUCGAUUACAACGUGUACUUUAG